GGACAGACAAAGUCUACGAUACGAUACGAUAAGAACUAACUUUACCUGCUACCGGUACCGGUAUUCUGUCUCGUCAAGAGAGCACCACUACAUUGAGUCCCAGCGACCAUGUCCACCCAACUCGACGAUACCAGCACCACUACCGCGCCAACAGCAACGACAACGACAACGACGACGAUGACCCCCUACCGCCAGAUCCGCGCCCAAUACACCGACACGACCGUAACCCUCUACCAAGCCUACCACCCCAGCAUCGCUCUCCCGGCCGUGGCCAACCAAUCCCUCCUCUCCUCCCCCUCCUUCCAGCUAACGCGCAUGACCUGGAUCAAGCCGAGCUGGAACUGGAUGAUGUACCGCUCCGGCUACGCCACCAAGACCGCCCACCAAUCCCACAUCCUCGCCCUGACCAUGCCACGCGAAGCCUUCGAGCACAUACUCUCACUCGGCAACCCGGCGAAGGGGGACGUGCGGAUACAGUGGGACCCGGAGAGGAGCGUGAGCAUCGGGAGGCUGGAGCACAGGAGCAUACAGAUCGGGAUUGGGCGGGGCAUCGUCGAGAAGUGGGCGGGUGAGUGGGUGGUCGGGAUCGAGGAUGUUACCGAGCUGGCGAGGAGGAUUGGCGGCUUGGUUGCCGAGGGGAAGGUGGAGGAGGCGGAGGGGUUGAGGCCUGUCGAGAGGGUUUAUCCGGUUUCGGAGGAGUUGAGGAGGGUUCUCGGCAUGGAUUUGGAGGAGGGGGUGGACGGUGGGGUGGAGGGCGGAGGUGCGGGGUAGAGCUGUGGUUGCGGCU